UGUUUAUUAUAUUUUGUUUUCUUUAAUGUUUGUACACUAAUUAUCAUUAGGCUAUCGCCGUUAUCGCUACUAUUUUCGCCUGACCCUCUGACCCGUCUUAUGACAGACUGAUAACUCCUAGGAGACCCAAACAAAGUUGUUCAGUUGCUGUUAUGUUACAUCACGUAACACAUCAAUCAGUGAAAAUGACUACAAAAAACCUGAAUCGCGUUAUAUUUUCUUCUUUCAUACAGUCAAAACGGAUUAACUUGUUACGUUCAUACAGUGAUAGCGGUAAACCAGCGAUAAAAACACCCUUGUACGAUUUGCAUAAUAAAUAUGGCGGAAAGUUAGUAGAUUUCGCCGGUUUCAUGUUACCCGUCCAGUAUUCGGAUAUGAGUGUAUCUGCUUCGCACUUGUAUACUCGGAAAAGUGCCUCGAUAUUUGACGUCUCUCACAUGCUGCAGACAAACGUUCGAGGUAAGGAUUGCAUCGAAUGGUUCGAAUCGAUUACGCCUGUAGACCUAAAAGGUAUGGCACCUGGCACGAGUUCUCUCACCGUAUUUUUAAACCCCAACGGUGGAAUAAUAGACGAUUUGAUAGUCACAAAAGUAAAUGACGAAACACUUUACAUUGUUUCUAACGCGGGAAGGUUGGAAGUUGAUAAAAAUCACAUGAAACAAACAUCGGAAGUGUUCAGUCGAAAGGGCAAAGAUGUCAAUGUUGAAUUUUGGGAUGUCGGUGAAAGAGCACUUAUAGCUGUUCAAGGUCCCAAAGCGGCAGCAGCUGUGCAAACUCUUACGAAAUUUUCGCUAAACAAUCUUACUUUUAUGACCUCUACUGUUGGUUCAGUAGCAGGAGUAGAGUGCCGGGUCACUCGGUGUGGAUACACCGGAGAAGACGGGGUGGAAAUAUCUAUACCAGCAGAUAAAGCUGAAGUUGUGACAGAGUCGUUGCUGAAAUGCAACGACGUCAAACUAGCUGGUUUGGGUGCGCGAGACUCGCUUCGCCUCGAGGCGGGGUUGUGCCUGUACGGUAACGACAUUGAUGAAGCAGUGACUCCUGUGGAGGCCAGCUUGACCUGGCUAAUUGCCAAGAGAAGGAGGACCGAGGCCAACUUCCCUGGAGCGGACAUCAUACUUCAACAAAUAAAGGAAGGCGUAAACAAAAGGAGGAUUGGUAUUAGAAUGGAAUCUGGUGCUCCUGCAAGAAAAGAUGCGUUACUCAAAAAUCCAAAAACCUCUGAGGUGAUAGGCAAAGUGACGAGUGGCUGCCCGAGCCCUUCUCUUGGUGGCAACGUUGCCAUGGGUUAUGUCGUAGAAACACUCAAGAAAAACGGUACAGAAUUGUUAGUAAACGUAAGAGGAAAGGACAACGCCUGUGUAGUUGCAAAAAUGCCAUUUGUGCCGUCGAAAUACUAUAUUAAGAAAUAAAAAACUAUUUUAAUAUUUAAAAUAAUAGUUUUAUUUAUAUUUGUUUCACAAACAUAAUAACCGACACAAUCGUCUACUUAAUUACAUCAAUAAGCUAAUGAAAUAAAUGUUUAAAUUGAUAAGAAACGAAACAGUUAACAAUUUAUUGUUUGUUUGAGCAAUAACGUAUUAUUUCUAAAUAAUGUACAGUGACGUCAUCGCGUAGACAAGGAUACUAAUGGAAUCAAAAGGAAUGUAAAAUUAUAAGACACUUCAGACAUUAGUCUUUUGCACUUCUUUGCUAAUAAUACUGUAUCUAAAUUCAUAAACUAUUUACACCAUGUACUAAAUUAUCACAGAUAUAUUCAAGGUUUGAUCUAUGGAAUGAUCACUAGGAAAUAUGUUUUACAAUCAGUCAAAAC